AUGAGCGAAUUGCCAGACUCACCACUGUCAUCGAUAUCGUCAUCGGACGAGGUCGACGACCAUAUCAGUACACCAAACCGAUCGGCCAGACCCAGCAUGGACACAGACAGCGCAGGACCACCGAGCAAGAAACGACGUACUGGAGGCCAUCCGGCGCAUAUUGGAACACCCAACGGCGGUACGAUAAUGGUUGCUGGAGCAGAUCCUCUGGAAGAGUCAGAAGCAGACAUCAGUUGCGACAGCGAGGGUUCCGCUCCAGGAUCACCCAGUGCAGACGAAUUUGCCAUGCGCGCCGAUCAAGUCACCACUUGCGCCUGGGAGGGCUGUAGUGUGGGCGAUUUGGCCAACAGUGACGAGCUUAUUGCCCACGUCCAGAAUGAUCAUAUUGCUCCCAAGCGAGCACGCUAUACCUGUGAAUGGGGAGACUGCGCUCGCAAGGGCACGAAUCAUCCUAGUGGAUAUGCUCUCAAAGCUCACAUGCGGAGUCACACCAAGGAGAAGCCGUUUNUCUGCCAUCUUCCCGGUAUGAUUGAUGAAUCCGAUGCUCUCGCCAAACAUAUGCGUACCGUCCAUGAACCCGAACCGCCACGCGCUGCUGCCACAAACGCCAAUCCCAUCGACCCUGCCACCGGACAGCCCAAAAAGGGCCCCAAACUACGCCUCUCAAUGAACGGCAAGACCCCCAUCAAGCCCGCCAUCCCAGACGCACCUGUCCCUGCACCUACCCAAGCACCUGACGAUCCAUCACCACCCAUGGACAACAUCCAAUACAUACCUGCCCGCCAUCCGAUAACCGGCCAGGCAGGCUUCAUGAUCACAUAUCCCNCCGACAUACACUUUUCACAGUUUGAGAGCGAGAUUCCUGCGAACCAGCUCAUGCGGCUGCUGAGGCGUCAACUGCGCUGGGCAACAAAAGAAAGCGAAGAACUAAAACAAGAGGUUCAAGGGCUAGAGGAGCUUCGUCGCAAGNAGUGGGCAGCAAAGGAAGCUUUGCUGGAGGGUGUGUUGCAAGGUGAACUUGCAUCUGCAAAUCUUGACGAGGAUAUCAAACUCGACAUGAAGGGAGAGGUGUGGGGGCCUGAAUCAAAAGACCUGGAUUGGACGGGCACACCUGGGUGGACUAGAGAUGAUCGCGCCAACAGCGCACAUAUCAAGAGUCCGGGCAUGGAUGUGGAUGAUGUGCUGGAGGACGCAAAUCUUGCAGUUAAUGCACAACAAGCAAGUGCUUCGCAAGCAGAGAGGGAUGAAGAUAUGAUGGCGGUCGGUGCAUUGAUGGGCCUUAGUGGUGCCAGCUAG